CAUAAUUCAUAUUCUCGAUCGGGCACAAAGGAUGUGGAAGCUCGAGCUCUCCCAAGGCAACGACUCGUGGCUCACGAGUGUGAACAACUUUAUCGGGAGACAAGUGUGGGAGUUCGAUGAGAGUCCCAAAGAGUCUGAGGAUGAGUACGCCAAGAUCAAAGAGGCUCGCAACGAGUUCACGAAGCAUCGGUUCCAGGCCAAACAAAGUUCCGACCUCCUAAUGAGGCUUCAAUUUGGUAGGGAGAAGAGAUUGGAAUUAUUGCCUCAAAUAAAAGUAGAGGAAGGAGAGGAGAUUACAGAGGAGGCAGUGAGAGUUACACUGAGGAGGGCUCUAAGGUUUUACUCCACUCUUCAGUCCGAUGAUGGUUUCUGGCCCGGAGACUACGGCGGGCCCUUGUUCCUUCUGCCCGUCCUGGUUAUCGCGUUACAUGUAACUGGAGCAUUAAAGGUGGUUCUAUCGAAUAACCAUCAGCUCGAGAUGCGUCGGUACCUCUACAAUCAUCAGAAUGAGGACAGCGGGUGGGGAUUGCACAUCGAAGGGAGCAGUACGAUGUUCGGUACAGUGUUGUGCUAUGUGACGCUUAGGCUUCUAGGAGAGGAGAUCGACGAUGGGGAUGGGGCGAUGGACAGGGCGAGGAAGUGGAUUCUCAACCAUGGCGGAGCCACCUACAUUCCAUCCUGGGGGAAGAUGUUUCUCUCUGUGUUGGGCGUGUAUGAGUGGAGUGGCAACAAUCCUCUGCCUCCAGAAAUAUGGCUACUCCCUUACUUUCUCCCAAUCCAACCAGGAAGAUUGUGGUGCCACUGCAGAAUGGUGUACCUUCCAAUGUCAUACUUGUAUGGCAAGAGAUUUGUCGGUCCCAUCGACUCCACUGUCCUGUCCCUUAGGAGAGAACUCUACACGACAUGCUACCAUCAGAUCAAUUGGGAUAAAACCCGUAAUCUCUGCGCUAAGGAGGACCUGUACUACCCUCAUACAGUGGUCCAAGAUAUACUGUGGGGUUGCCUGCACAAGAUUGGAGAGCCGUUUCUCAUGCAUUGGCCCUUCUCUAGGCUCAGACAAAAGGCGCUUGCAGUCGUCUUAGAACACAUACACUACGAGGAUGAGAAUACCCAAUAUCUUUGUCUUGGACCUGUCAAUAAAAUGCUAAACAUGAUUUGCUCUUGGGUGGAGGAUCCGAAAUCAGCCGCUUAUAAACGACACCUUUCGAGAAUCAAAGACUAUCUCUGGUUGGCUGAAGACGGGAUGAAAAUGCAGGGAUACAACGGGUCUCAAUUGUGGGAUGUCACUUUUGCCGUUCAAGCUAUCCUCUCCACUGGUCUUGUUGAUGAGUACGGAUCGACGCUAAAGAAAGCUCACGACUUCAUAAAGAAUACCCAAAUUAGGGAGAACAGUUCUGGAGAUUUAAGUCAAUGGUAUCGGCACAUAUCGGGUGGUGGAUGGCCUUUCUCGACCCCUGACAAUGGGUGGCCAGUCUCAGAUUGUUCUUCUGAAGGCUUGAAGGCUGCACUUCUACUCUCCAAAAUGCUACCCAAUGCUGUCGGAGAUGCAAUAACAGAAGAUCGAUUGUACGAUGCUGUCAACCUGGUCUUGUCUCUACAGAACAAGAAUGGUGGAUUUGCCUCUUACGAGCUUACGAGAUCAUAUACGUGGCUGGAGAUGAUUAAUCCGGCUGAAAUAUUUGGAAAUAUCAUGAUUGACUAUCCGUAUGCAGAAUGCACUUCUGCAGCAAUUCAAGCACUUGUGUCAUUUGUAAAACAGUAUCCGACACAUCGGAGAGAAGAAGUGGACUUGUGUAUAGCCAAGGCAAUCAGUUUCAUCGAGAGCAUACAGUUAUUGGAUGGUUCAUGGUAUGGAUCUUGGGGAGUGUGUUUCACAUAUGGAACGUGGUUCGGAGUAAAGGGGCUAGUUGCAGGGGGAAAAACGUACGAGAACAGCUCUAGUAUCAGAAGGGCGUGCAAUUUCUUGCUGUCGAAACAGCUUGAUUCUGGUGGGUGGGGAGAGAGCUAUCUUUCAUCCCAUAACAAGGUUUACACAAACCUGCCUGGAAACAAAUCGCACAUUGUGAACACGGCAUGGGCGAUGCUGGCACUUACUGAAGCAGGGCAGACACACAGAGACGCAGGCCCACUGCAUCAUGCAGCAAAGGUACUAAUAAACUCACAAAUGGAAAAUGGGGAUUUCCCGCAACAGGAAAUUAUCGGGGUCUUCAAUGGGAGUUGUAUGAUCAGUUACUCUGCCUAUAGAAAUAUCUUCCCGAUAUGGGCACUCGGAGAAUACUACCAUCGUGUUCUCUUAGCUUCUAAAAGGAAUUGACUUGUACAUAGACCUGAUAUAAAUAUCAAUGGUUUACAGUAUCUUUCGAGUCUU